AUGGAGCUAAUGGAAAAGGUCGAGGCCUUCGUUGAAGAGGUUUGUGAAAAGUCUGAUGAACCAGUCCAGUUCCAGAUUCAGGUGCUGUGGAAUACCAAGAACAACAAGAAGGCCCUGAAUCCCGGAGACAAGGUAGGACCCCACUUCGCAGAUGGGGACAGCUUUGGCAUUCAUGGUGAUAUCGUAAACACUCCGAAGAGCUACCCAAAGAUUCCCGAUGAGAAGAAGUUGCCGGUCACCAUCCUGACUGGUUUUUUGGGGGCUGGAAAGACAACACUCUUGAACUACAUCUUGCAGGAGCAGAGAGAAAAGAAGAUUGCGGUGAUCGAAAAUGAGUUUGGAGAAGUCUCUAUUGACGAUCACUUGUUGAAGAAGGACAAGCUGGCUUUUGCGGAAAAGGUUGUGGUCAUGGACAACGGUUGCAUGUGCUGUACUAUCCGCGGAGACCUCAUUGAUGGCUUCAGGGAGAUCCUGGCCGAAAUUGACAAGGGUGCCAAGCUCGAUCAGAUCAUGAUCGAAACCACAGGCAUGGCUGAUCCGGUUCCGAUCGUGCGCACGUUCAUGACAGCAGAAGAGAUCAAUUCCCGCCUGCGCCUAGAUGGAGUGAUCACGGUUGCAGAUGCCAAAAACGUUGUGAAACGGCUGGAUGACGAGGUUGAGGAGGGGCGGGUCAACGAAGCUUACCAGCAGGUUGCCUUCUGUGACAAGCUUCUGUUGAACAAACUCGACCUCGUCUCUUCCGAAGAAGCCAUCAGAACGAAGGAGCGUUUGCGCGAGAUCAACGCCUUUGCCAAGAUAGUGCCGGCAGUCAGGGGCAGAGUCAAGCUUUCGGAGUUGACAAACCUGCGUGCCCAUGACAUGUCAAACUUCAUCAAUGCUGAGAUCGAAAAAGAGGCUGCGGAAGCAGAGGUCGAGGAGCAUGGAGGCCAUGGGGAGCAUCAUGGCGACAAUCAUGGUGGCCAUGGCCAUGGCUCACACGGUGAAGGUCAUGACGCUGAUUGCAACGAGGACCACGGCCAUGGUGGUCAUGGCGGAGGCCACGGUGGAGGCCACGACGGCGGCCACGACGGCGGCCACGGCGGCGGCCACGGCGGCGGUCACGGCAGUGGUCAGAAGAAUGGCCACGACAAUGGGCAUGGGGAUGGACACGCUGAAGAGCAUGGCCACGCGGCCAAGAAGCACAAGAGCAGACACGACAGCCGAGUAAACUCGAUGGCUCUGGUGCGGGAAGGAGAAAUCUUGCCUGACAAGCUCGGUAAGCUGAUGGAGGUUCUUGGAGAGCUGCCGCCAGAGCAAGGUGUCAUCUUUCGAAUAAAGGGCAUCCUUGCGGUGAAGAACCAUCCAUACAAGCAUGUAUUCCAUGCCGUGAUGGACGUCAGUGAUGAGGACGAUGCAGAAGCAUGGGCUCCUGGAGAGAAGCGAAUAACCAAGAUGGUUUUCAUUGGCAAGAAUUUGGAUAAGCCGUUCAUCCGGCAAGCCUUCGAGAACUGCUUUGAGAAGUGA